AUGACCUGUCCCAUGAGCUCAAGACAUGCUUGCUAUAUCUUGGUGCAUAUCCUGAAGACUGUAAUUUGGACUAAUGUUUUGGUGAGAAAAUGGAUAGACGAAGGAUUUGUUAGGGAAAGGCAUGGUUUAGAUCUGGAGGAAGCUGCUGAAAAUUGUUUGAACGAACUCAUCAACAGAAGUAUGAUCGAACCAUGCUUCAAUGCUCAUGGUGAGUGCAAAAAGGAAAACUUCAUUACUAUAAUUGAUAGGAACUUCACCAUGAUUGGAGCACUGGAAGUUCGUCGGAUCAGCCAUCAGUUCCAUAACAGAGACAUAGCCCUGGUAUUUGAGAGGAUGAGUCAAUCACAAGUUCGGUCAUAUAACUUCUUCCCUGCAGCUGACUGCAUGCCUCCGCUUUCGAAGUUUGAGCUCUUGAGAGUUUUGGACAUGGACCAGCUGGACUCAUAUAGAUAUAUGCGACCAGAAUCUACGUGCCUUGAUUUAUCUUCUAUAAAUCACCUUUUUCUGCUGAGGUAUCUGAGAGUCACGGGCUUUCGUUUGGUGCUGCCAAAGAAGUUUGGGAAACUGAAACAUUUGAUGACUCUAGAUAUUGAAUCCACAAUAUUGUGCCCCAUGGACCAAUUCUCAGAUUUUACUUCCUUGUCAUCUUUAAGGCAUCUCACUCUUCCAAAACGAGUUGGAAAUGUAGUGCGGAUAAAUGGGAUUAGCAAGCUGUGCAACCUACGCACACUGAUCUAUUUUUGCAUCGGGACUAGUAAUUCCGUAGAGUGCAUCAGAGAUCUUGGUGAUCUGACCAGUCUUAGGGAGCUUAUUAUGAUUUAUUACUCUUGGCCAGGUGACGUAGAAGAUGAUCCUGACACAAUACUGGCUGCCUCUCUUGACAAGCUUGGGAACAGCAACCUCCGUCUUCUGUAUUUUCAUAAGUAUCAGUUUUAUGGCAGGCCCCUCUCAACACAGUUCUGGAGUAAUUUCAUCACACGUCCAAAGCAUCUGCAGAGGUUGGCCUAUUUGGAAGAACUACGAGUCCAGGAGCUCGGGCGUGAUGGCAUCCAGGUUCUUGGACAGUUGCCCUGCCUCAUGUACCUCGAGUUAAGAGCUAAAACAAUCCCAGAGAAAAACAUCAUUAUCCACCCAAACACAGUCCCUAGCCUGAAGCAUUUCGAUUUCUCUUGUGAGCUAUCGUUCCUCACUUUUGAGCCAUCCGCGAUGCCAUGGCUACAGAUACUGAACAUAGAUCUUGAUGGUCGUGAAGAAGGUACAAUGCAACUGCCAGAGGGAAGUCCAGUUGGUGGCAUCGAGAACCUUGCUAGCCUUGAAAAGAUCUACUUGUUGAUACGAGCCAAAUGCGUUCGCAGGCAGCCAAGAAGACUAAAAGUAGAGUCCGCAUGCAGGGAAGCCAUCAGAAGGCACCCGAAAAGUCAAUCCAUGCUGAUUUAUAGUGUAUACUGUAACGAGUUUGACGAAAUUGGACAUGAAGUACAAGGGAGCCAAGAAGACUAA